AUGGACGUAUUUGGGAUCUUUAUCUCUCCAUUUGUGCAAGCUACGGUUGAUAAAUUGUCCUCUUAUUUAAUCAACUUAGUGAGCACAGCGGACGUUGGCACUGGCAUCCAGAAUCUGAAGAAGGCAUUAGAGGAUUUAGAGACUCUGUUGGCUGAUGCAGAGAACAAACAAGUGUACGACAAGGAUAUCAAAAAGUGGCUAGAAGAGGUUCAACCUUUGGCUUACGAUGCAGAUGACUUAUUGGAUGAUUUUGCCACUGAAGCUCUCGAAAGGAAGAUAAUGGCGGAGGAGACAACGAUGGGAAGAAGACCAGCUAAGUUUCCACGCCUCUCUUCUAUUUUUCCAUUCAAUUUAAAAAAUGGGUCUAAGCUAAAUGAGAUUACUAGUCAAUUACAAGAAGUUGCUACGAUAGGAAAAGAUCUUGGUUUAGAUAAAAGACUUGCUGGGAGGAUGUCUACAGAUCUAUGGCAGAGAUCACAAACUACAUCUUUGAAGGAGCCUCACAUUCAUGGCAGAGAUGAAGACAUGAAGCAAAUUAUCGAAUUGCUACUUGGGGAUGCACCUACUGCAAAAAAGUUUGAUGUAAUUCCUAUUGUAGGCAUGGGUGGGAUCGGCAAGACUACACUAGUUCAGCACAUUUAUGAUCACGACAAAGUGGAAAAGCAUUUCAAUAUGCAAGCAUGGGUUUGUGUUUCUGUUGACUUCGACAUUCUGGGAACAACAAAGGCAAUUCUCGAGUCAUUCACUCACCGUCCAUGUGAUUUGGGCAAGUUAAAUGAGGUUCAAGUCCAACUAAGAAACACACUGGCAGAAAAAAAGUUUUUGCUUGUUCUAGAUGAUGUGUGGCACUAUGGACAUGAUGGGUGGAAUUCGCUACGAUUGCCCUUUGAAGCCGGAGCACCUGGAAGUAAAAUCAUUGUGACAACGCGACAAGGAGGUGUUGUAAAGCAGAUGGGUAUGGAUGAAUAUCUCAAUUUGAAAAACUUAUUAUAUGAUGAUUGUUGGUUAAUCUUUGCCCAUCAUGCAUUUGAGAAUAGAAAUAUCAUGGAAUGCCCGGAAUUGGUAUCAAUUGGGAAGAAAAUUGUUAAGCAUAGGUGUGGAGGCUUGCCCUUGGCAGCUAGGGCCCUUGGCAGCUUAUUACGAUGUAAACAAGAAGAGCGUGAAUGGAAAGAAAUACUAAAUAGCAAUAUAUGGAAUGAGGAAAGUGGCAUUCUCUCAGCAUUGAAAUUGAGCUACCUUCAUCUCCCUUCCCAUUUGAAGAGGUGCUUUUCUUACUGCGCAAUUAUCCCAAUGAACUACGAAUUCAAGGAGGAGGAAUUAGUCUUGCUAUGGAUGGCUGAAACCGUCAAGUGGUAA